AUGGAGCACCUCGGGGCACACCACCUGCACCAAGGGCAAGCCGAGCCCAUCAGCUUCGGCAUCGACCAGAUCCUCAACACGUCGGAGCCGGGCAGCUGCAUGGUGUCGCACCCGCGGCUGCAGGACUCGGCGGACUACGGGCUGGGCUGCAUCGUGGGCAGCGCCUAUAACACGGUCACGGGUGGCUACGGGGCGAGCGGCGGCGCGGCCGGCGCCUACACCGGCACCUCCUGCAGCAUGGGCGGCCUGCCCGGCUCCUACAACGUGAACAUGGCGGUGAGCAUGAACGGCAACACCUUGAGCUCGGCCGGCGGGGUGAUCCGCGUCCCGGCCCAUCGUCCCGUGGCCGGCGGCGUCCACCAGCCCCUCUCCGCCGCCGUGCCGGCAGUGAACGGCAUGAACAGCCUCACGGGGCUCACCUUCCCCUGGAUGGAGAGCAACAGGCGGUACACAAAAGACAGGUUCACAGGUCACCCCUACCAGAACCGCACGCCCCCCAAGAAGAAGAAGCCGCGCACCUCCUUCACCCGCCUGCAGAUUUGCGAGCUGGAGAAGCGCUUCCACCGGCAGAAAUACUUGGCCUCGGCCGAACGUGCUGCCCUGGCCAAAGCCCUCAAGAUGACGGACGCCCAAGUGAAGACCUGGUUCCAGAACCGGCGCACCAAGUGGAGGAGGCAGACAGCAGAGGAGCGGGAGGCCGAGCGGCAGCAAGCAAACCGCAUCCUCAUGCAGUUGCAGCAGGAAGCCUUCCAAAAAACCAUCAACCAGCCCAUCCAAGCCGACCCCAUCUGUGUCCACAACUCCUCUCUCUUCGCCCUCCAGAAUCUCCAGCCUUGGUCUGAUGACUCCACCAAGAUCACCAGUGUCACCACUGUCGCCUCUGCUUGUGAAUAAGUCUGGCACCCACUGGUGGCACCUACACCUUCUACUGGCGGGGCUGUCCCCAGGGGGACACAAGGCAUCCUUGGUGGGACAUGUAGCAACUCUGUUUCUCCCCAAGGAGGGCUGGAACCCCUUGAUCCUCUGGCCACAUCCGUCCUAUGUAUCCAGCUGGGGAAGCCCUCCACAAGGAACAAAAAGAAGGAAAGCCACCCCAAAAACUCUCCCUAGCCAUAGAGUUGCUGGAGCAGCAAUGCUGUCUCACCUCCCCCCAACCCCUUUGUUCUCUUGAAAGUCUCCAGUGUCAACCCUGAACUUGCUGACGUGCUGCCAGACAAAAGCCCAGCCCUGACAGACACAGCCGCUGGUGUUCAUCCAGCGGGGGGAGAGGAAAACUUCCUUAGGAUUCUACUGGUAGCAGUGCAAAGUCAAUGUACACCCAUAUAUAUAUGUGUAUCUAUAUAUAUCUAUAGAGAGAUAUAUAUAGAUAUAUGUUUUGAACUGUUGGCUUGAAAGAAAAGGAGAAGGCUCCCUGGGAAGCAUGUCUCUGCUGUGAGCCUUCUUGGGUUGUCCACACCGGAGACGUUCGGGAAUGCAACAAAUGGAGGAAACAGCAGCAAUUUCUGCUUGUGCCAGAUGGGAACCCUUCAGAUCUCACCUCGCUGUCUCUCCUCCCCUUUUUCAUUAAUUUUUUCUUGCUUGGGGGGAACAAGAGAAGGAUCUGACAGACUCCUGAGGACGGUAAAUAUGAUAUCUCAAUUGUAUGAAGAGCCCAAACAGUCCCUGGCUGCCACGGACUCUGUGCCCAUCAGCGAGUAUUUUAAUAACGAGAAGACCUGGGUGGCAGUUUGUGAGGGUAAUGCAGUUUCUUUCCAUGGAAUAUUUCCAUAUAAUUUGCAAAAUGUUGUCCAAUGUUUUAUCUUAUCAGUUUCCCGUUAGAAGGCAGUUCCUGACAACAAAAAAAUCUAUUUCACUCUUGGCUUUUUAACUUAGUUGUUCUUUUAAUUGUACCAAGAGAAUGAGAUAAAAUUUAAAAAAGCACUUCUAGCAAAUGCCAGGAAUAUAUAGCUAUAUAUAUAUAUAAACAGUAUAUAUUUUUCAGUUACUUAUAAUCUAAAACAGCACUGCCAAUUUAAGCAGUUAGUACAAACAACCAACCAGAAAACCUAUUUUCAGUGAGAUUUUUAAAGGCAUUCAUUUGUUUGCUUUUUUGUUGUUUUGGUUUUUUUAAGUUAUGCACUUACAAGGUGUUUUAUGUGUAUUCAUUUUAUAAAGUGCUUGUGUAAUUUAUGUGGAAAUGAAAAAGAAAAUAAAAAAUCUCCAGGGUACUGAAUAAAUCAUUUAAAGCCUUGCUGUUCCCUGUCUAUUAGUUCCCCAAGAGGAGACAGCAUAUCACAACUACUGCUGAAGCCUGUGCUAUUUUUUUUUUAAAUAAAAAUAGAGUUAGCAUUUCCAUUUGACUUUGCUCAGGUCCACUUGGCUUUGGAAGCUCAAGAUGUAAUAUGCUAUGUUUUAAUCCCUGGUCCUAUAAACAUUUUCAGGCUUCAACCCAGCAGUGCAUUUAGUGCUUGCUUUAAUCAAAGCCUUUCUGGGGGGCUUGCUGGGGGUGGCAGGGACUGUGCAGGGGCUUAGCCUUAAACUUAUGUGGAAUAAUCUAUUGAAUAAGACCUUGGAAUGAGGUCUCACCUGG